AUGUUACUGUCCGCAGAAAUGAUAGACCGCAAGGUCGCCAUAGGAAAUGUGACUGGGGUGUUAGACAACGCAGUUGCAUUUUCUCGCAAGAGAAUCUACAAAAUCAUAAAAUCCAACUCCAGCUUCGGAUUGUUCAACCACGGGAAUCAAGUUGAAGUCAUUCUACAAAGCAGCAUGCAGUCGACCAUUCUAUCGCUGAUUUUGGUAGCUACAUUCGCUGCACAUGGUGACGCUGUCAGGUGUUAUACUUGCUCAAGCCUUACAACAUCUGGAUGCGCUGAGACAUUUACUUUGACGUCAAAUGACACCGGAAGUAUCACAGACUGCGUCACUGGAACACAGUGUCAGCGUGUUGUGACAACAAUUGGGAUUGCAUCAGUCACACAUUCGUGCGCUCUUAUUGAUGGGAAUGUUGGUUGCAGCGAGGUAUUAGGAAUCACAACGUGUAAAUGCACCGGAGACCUUUGCAACGAUGGUAACAUCGCAAACGCCGGAGGAAGUGCAGCAGCCGCUAUUGUCCCGUCAUUCUUCACUAUCUUGCUCGCCAUUGCUGCCUUUUAUUGGUCAUAAACGCCAUCGUAUCCCGGACAUCGUAUCUCGAAUUUAGAACAUUUUAUUUUCAAUAGUCAAAUCAAUAGACAUUUGUAUAUUGUUAGCAUUUUUGUAAUGUCCAUAAUACUAUUAUAAUUCAUAACUACUAUGUUAAGUGAUUAAAGGGGCAACAAGGACUGUAGAGAGGAAAUUCGAUUUUUUUUAUUUUUUCUGAGCUAUCAGGUCAAUAUUUGACUUAACAUUUUCUUUGGCAU